AUGGCGGCCCCGAGAAGUGUACAGCGCUUGCAGCAGACGCUGUCGCAUAUUCAGCCUGCCAGUCCGCAGCUCUCUAUUGUCGCCGGCCCAACGGAGCCAGCGUUGCUGGACAUCACCUUGGGCGAACUGUUGACUCUCCAAGCAUUGCAGUAUGGAGGAAUUGAGUGCUUGGUCUUCCCUUGGACUGGUGCGCGAUGGACCUACGGCCAACUGAAAGAUGAGACCGAACGUCUGGCUCGGGGAAUGUUGGCCUCGGGAAUUCAAAAGGGCGAUCGCAUCGGUAUUAUGGCCGGUAAUUGUGAGCAGUACAUCUCGGUAUUCUUUGCGGCCGCCCGAGUUGGAGCUAUCCUGGUGGUUUUAAACAACACGUACACCCCCUCCGAGCUAUAUUAUGCUCUGAACCACAGUGGAUGCCGCAUGCUUUUCAUGACACCUCGCAUUGGACGCCAUAAUCUUGAAGAAGUCCUGACUGAACUCGGCCCGAACCCCAAGCAAGCGGCAACUUCGGAAUCACUGGAGGAGAUUGUCAUCCUCCGUGGAAGUCACAAAAACUUCGCUACCUACCAACAUGUCGUCGAGCGCGGCUUGUCGCAAGCAGCACAUGUGCUUCAGGAUCGCGAGGCCGAAUUACGGCCGAGUGAUGUCUGCAAUUUGCAGUUCACCAGUGGCUCAACGGGCAAUCCUAAAGCUGCGAUGUUGACACACCAUAACUUGGUUAACAAUUCGCGAUUUAUCGGCGAUCGUAUGAACCUCUCGUCCUUCGAUGUUUUAUGCUGCCCGCCACCUCUGUUUCACUGCUUCGGGCUGGUCCUGGGCAUGCUUGCGGUGGUCACGCAUGGGUCCAAAAUAGUCUUCCCCAGCGAAACAUUCGAUCCCAAAGCAGUUUUGCAUGCUAUCUCGGACGAAAAGUGCACCGCUCUCCACGGUGUGCCUACCAUGUUUGAGGCGAUUCUUGCAGUUCCCAAGCCCUCGAACUUUGAUACCUCGAACCUCCGCACAGGUAUCAUUGCUGGAGCGCCAGUCCCGCGACCACUUAUGAAGCGCCUCUUCGCAGAACUGAAUAUGACCGAAUACACUAGUAGCUAUGGUCUCACGGAGGCAUCCCCUACUUGCUUUAAUGCCUUCACCACCGACAGCAUCCACACAAGAUUGACCACGGUCGGAAAGGUUUUACCACAUGCUCGCGCGAAGAUCAUUGAUGCACAGGGUAAUAUUGUCCCCGUCGGCCAACGUGGUGAGCUCUGCAUGGCUGGCUAUCAGCUCACCAAGGGAUACUGGCACAACCCAGAGAAGACAGCUGAGGCAUUCAUCACCGAUGCCGAGGGUGUGAAAUGGCUCAAGACCGGCGAUGAAGCUUCCUUCAACGCGGAGGGAUAUUGCACUAUCACUGGUCGCUUCAAGGAUAUCAUCAUUCGUGGCGGCGAGAACAUCUAUCCUCUCGAGAUUGAAGAACGAUUGGCCGCGCAUCCCUCAAUUGAGCUGGCAUCUGUGAUUGGUAUCGCUGACCCAAAAUACGGCGAGGUUGUUGGAGCGUUUAUCGCACUCGCUUCGGGCGCCGGUCGCCCGACCGACGAUGAGCUGCGCGCAUGGACUCGCGAAACUUUGGGCCGACACAAAGCGCCGCAGUACGUGUUUGUAUUUGGCGAAGAGGGGGCUUCCAGCACGGUUCCUGUAACGGGGAGCGGCAAAGUCCGCAAGGUGGAGCUACGUGAUAUGGCGAUGGCAGUGCUGGCCGAGCGCGAGAAGGCAUAA